AUGAUUGAACAUUUGAAUGAAGAGGAAUUGGAAAUAAUUUCAGAACAAUACACCAUGUUGCUCAGAAAACAGCUACGUAGUCAAGAAGACACUCGUAAAAUGUAUCAACUCGAGCGUCAAUUGAAACUCAAGUACAAAAGGACAACUAUUUGCUCAAAAAUUCAACCCUUGUUAAAUCAAACAGCACAGACCUUAUUUGAAACUGUGAAACAAGCUGAGAGUGGAUGGAAUGGUCGUCGUGUUGACUUUAUGAUGUCCGAUAAUGGGGCGAAUGUGAUUGCAGUUGCCAAGCCAACCAUGCUCAACGUAACAUUGAUUACUUGUUGUGGCCAUAAUUUGAAUUUGGUAUACAAACACUUUAUUACAUGCUAUAAGGACUUUGAAAGACAUGUUGGAAAGGUGAUUCGAAAGCUACGAUCGGAUUGGAAAUCGUUACGCUGGUUGGUGACUAUUUUGAAAUUCGAUUUUCAAUUUGUUGAAAAGUAUUUUAAUUCACAAGAUGGUACUAUUAUUAUUGAUGAUGACCUUAAUAAUUUUAAUGAUGUAAUGAAGCCUCCCUUACCAGUGUCCACUCGAUGGCAAAGCGUGUCACGUGCUGCUGUAUUUAUUUUAGAUCAUUUAGAACCAAUUUAUAGAGCAGCGAUUGAAUGGGGUAUUGACAAACAAGAUGAGAACAUUCAAGCAACUUGGUCCGAUGUGUUGGAUAUACUUGAGAAUGAGAAUUUUUUAGAAGGCCUGCAAGUCAACAAAAUAUUUUAUGAACAAUUUUUAGAGCCAUCUUUUAAAGAAUUGAGAACUAAUAAUACUAUGGAGUUUUUACAUUAA